ACAUUGUUUCCUACUACGUUUAUUUUGUCACUCAACCACCGUUAAGAUUUAUAUUUAUCUGAGACCAUCGCGGUACUCGUCUAGUUAUUGUCAUUACUUCGCAUGAAAAGCUUUACUCAUUUCUGAAGUUUAUUAUCUCGUACGUGAUAGCAUUUAGCGUAAGUUGUUGAUGUUUCACUUAACAGUUUGAACAACUCGGGGGCCCAAGUGACACCACUGCCCAGCAUGUCACUGUUUACUUGUAUAACCUGCCGUGUGGCGUUUGCUGAUACUGAUGUUCAAAGAGCUCAUUACAAGACAGACUGGCAUCGCUAUAACUUGAAGCGUAAAGUGGCCGAGCUCCCGCCUGUUACAGCAGAGAGCUUCCAGCAAAAAGUUCUGGUGCAGAGAGCUCAGGUAGCAGAGCAAGGCAAGGACACCUCAGGUUACUGUUCCCUAUGCAGCAAACACUUUGCCACAGAGAAUGCCCUACAGAACCACAACCAGUCCAAAAAACACAAAGAAAUUGAGGCCAAACAAGCCAGGCGUGCGCAGGCUGAAGUCCAAAAAAGAAAUGAGAAAAACAAAGUGAAGGGACUGCAUGUUUUAGAUGAAAAUGAGAAGAUGUCCCAUAAGCAGCCUGCAAAUGAAGCUCUCAAGGAGCGCUUGUCCGCCACGGGUUCAAGGAUGACCGGAGGGGCAGACAUUGAGGUGGAGGAGGAGGUGGAGGAAGAACUGGUAUCAGAUGAGGAGUGGGAUGAUGAUGAGGAGGAGAUGGCCCUGGAGGAAUGUCUGUUCUGUUCAAAGAUUCUCUCCUCGCUGGAGAAGAAUAUUGAGCACAUGAGUGUCAAACACGGCUUCUUCAUCCCUGACGCAGAGUACGUAGUGGACUUGGAGGGCCUUGUCACGUAUCUAGGAGAAAAAGUUGCCAUGGGACAUGUGUGUUUGUGGUGUAAUGAGAAGGGACGGUCAUUUCACACCAAGAAGUCAGUCCAGCAACAUAUGGUGGACAAAGGGCACUGUAUGCUCACCUCUGACGGAGACGCCAUGUUGGAGUAUGCAGAUUUCUAUGAUUACAGGAGCAGCUACCCAGACUACCAGGAGGGGGGUGAUGGGGACCAACAGAAUGACGAGGAACAGUCUGAGGGCAUCCAACCUGAACUGCUGCUGGAGGAGGGAUAUCAACUGGUGCUGCCAUCUGGCUCUGUAAUUGGGCACAGGUCUUUGAUGAAGUAUUACAAGCAGAACCUCCCCCCAGUCAGGUCACAGAACAGAUCCCUGGUAGCCAAGGUGACAGCACAUUACAAGGCUCUAGCUUGGACAGGAAUGACAGGUCAGGCAUCUGUGCAGAGAGCACGUGAUAUCCAGUACGUGCAGAAAUUGCGGCAGCGGCACCACCUCAAGCUAGGCAUGAAAGCAAACAUGCAAAAACACUACAGGGACCAGAACCCAAUCUAAAACAGGCCAGUGUGUCUGGGAUUCAAAAGUGAUGUAAAAUGACAGUUACUACAAAGAUAACACGGAAGAAACGUGGACGUUAUUCCAUUUGCAACAAAGGUCAAUAAUUGCCUAAAAUGUUGCAGGGAAUAGAAACCUCUGUGAAAUUUUGUUAUGGCUGCCAGUCUGUUGUAAAGAAUAGUUUAUGAAAUGAGCUUGUUCUUAUAUUAAAAUUAUUGAUUCAUUCACCUCUGAAAUAGCGAGAAGUCUCUCCUCGCUGCUUGAUGGGUUACACCAAUAUGAAAUCUUGUAAUUGAAAUGAUUAUAUCAACAUCAAUUAUUACGAUAAUAAUAAUCAUAUUUCUCAAAACUAAACGCAUUUGGUUUUUGCAAAAAGACGACGGACAAUUACAAAGUAAAACAUCAAGGAAGAUAUGAUAAACCACAUUUGAAAUAUUUAGAAUUUCAAAUGUAAAAUGUAGAUGCAGAGUGACACGACACCAUGAACUUUGUCUUUUACAAAAUGAUAAUAUUUCAAACGGCACAUCUGAGUAUGCGUGGUCUCCAGUUACAAAACUUGGCGUCCCUAAUUUCCGAACCAUCCCGUUUACUGUACCUUUGAAUGUGUACUCAAUUCACACUUUGAAGUUAAUCGUAGAUGUUUUUGGACAGUGGCGCUGUUUGUAGUAUUGUACAUUAAAGAUUCAAAUGACCACUUGAUGUUUAGCAUGAAUUAGAAUUUUUAAAAUACCCGAAAAUACGAAAUAUUGUUUUGUUAGACCUGAAAAGAAUCCAGUUGUAAACUGUUUGACAGUUUUAUCAUUACACAAUAGUGACUCGACAAAAUAGAAAUAUUAUUUUAGAGUAGCAACAGUUUAUAAAGACGUUGAAAGUG